CUCUGAUGAAAAUCGGACGUGAAUUGUGAAUUUUAUUUGCUGCAGCCGAGAAAGAAACGCGAACAUUUUAUAGCGCACACAUUUUCUUUUAAUUUUCAUUUGGUUUUACAUAAAAAAGGCCAAAAACUGCAAAAAUAUUUACAUAUUUAGUUGGUGUAGCACUUGAGUAAAGAAAAAUUUCAAAAAAUAAUCAAGUACCACCAAAAAUAAAUCAAUUACACCAGAGACAAUUGAAUCGAGAAAAGUGAAGUGGCAUAAGAAGAAACGACGGGCGCCGCCACUCGCGGAAGCACCAUUUAAGCACAGCUAAUAACACAUAUUUGAAAAUUAAAAGUUCUCGAAAUUUCCAGUAAAGGAAUAUGAAAUGGUAUAUGGUGACGAGUACGUUAUGUGCAGCAAUAAAAGCGGUGGUGGAAUUGGCAAGCGAAUAUGGACAAAACUACUAAAAAUCCCAAAAAAUUAGUUCUUUAACUAGUUUAAUAGAUAAAAUUGGAAUCAAAUAAAAAAAUCUCACUUAAUUGGCUCGCACCUUGUCUUGCUUGCAACAUUGAACAGAUAAAAUAUUCACACGCCACAACACAAUUUUCCAUUUUUCCGCUGUAGAAGUUGAUCUCUCUUGCAAACACACGCACAUAUCGAUUAGUUUAAGUUUCAAUGCUAAAGCCAAGUUAUUGAAGAAUGUAUACGCCCAGCUAACGCUUCAAUCAAGCGCAAAUCAAGUUUGAAAUAAACCAAUAAACAAGCAUAAUCCAAUCAAGUAGCGACGAAAUAAAAAUAAACGAUUGUCGUACGUCUCUAAAUCCUCCACCACCACUACUCAGAAACGCUAUUCCGAACCGACCCGAUUAAAAUUAAUAAAUAAUUUCUUGAAUAUACCGCGCCCGCGAAAGAAAUUUUUUGUGAUUCUUGCAGAGGAACGAAAGAAAGAUAGCAAGAGUUAAAAAAAAUUCAAAAUUUAUCAAAUACGCUUAGCAGUGAAAUCUUUGUAUAUAAAGUCGUUUUGAAGCAACGUGGCUGAAACAGCAGCAACAGCAAAGCCUACAACAGCUGAUGCAAUGCCUUCUGCCAUAAGCGGUACCGGACACGGCUCAGGCGCCGUUAGUCACAACGUGAAUAUACCCAACAAUGAGGAGUGCGGCAUACGCGAUGUUUGGAAGCAUAAUUUAGAGGAAGAAUUUCGCACAAUUCGCAAAGUCGUGCAAAAGUAUAAUUAUGUGGCGAUGGACACUGAAUUUCCAGGCGUUGUAGCGCGUCCUGUUGGUGAAUUUCGUUCCACCGCCGAUUACCACUAUCAGCUGCUGCGUUGUAAUGUUGAUCUGCUGCGCAUCAUACAGCUUGGACUGACGUUCAUGGAUGAAGAAGGCAAAACACCGCCUGGAUACUCAACAUGGCAAUUUAAUUUUAAAUUUAAUUUAAGUGAGGACAUGUACGCGCAAGACUCAAUUGAUUUGCUGCAAAAUUCCGGCAUACAAUUCAAAAAACAUGAAGAGGAUGGUAUUGAUCCACUCGAUUUCGCCGAAUUGUUAAUGUCUUCGGGAAUUGUGCUUGUCGAUAAUAUUAAAUGGCUGUGUUUUCAUUCAGGCUACGAUUUUGGUUAUUUACUCAAAUUAUUAACCGAUCAGAAUCUACCCUCAGAUGAGAGUGAAUUUUUCGAAUUGUUACGCAUCUAUUUCCCCAACAUUUACGAUAUUAAAUAUUUGAUGAAAUCGUGUAAGAAUUUGAAAGGUGGCCUACAAGAGGUGGCCGAUCAAUUGGAAUUGCGACGUGUCGGGCCACAACAUCAGGCCGGUUCUGAUGCGCUGCUCACCGGAAUGGCAUUCUUCAAAAUGCGUGAGAUGUUCUUUGAGGAUAAUAUCGACAAUGCCAAAUACUGCGGACAUCUCUAUGGACUUGGCACAUCAUUUAUAGUAAACGGUUCCAACUUCCACGACAGUAACGGCGAGAGCAACAAUGCAUCGUGAUUCGUUUUCAUUGAACGGACGGUGAAUAAGGCGAACUGAUUAAAAAGUAGGAUUCCAAACGUCGUGCAGAAGAUGUUAGAUGUUUUUUUUAUUAUUCUAAACAAACAACAGCAACAAAAAAUAAAAACACAGUAAGGCAAUUAAGUAGGCAAACUAACUGGUUAAGAGAGAAAUUCAAGCAAUUCUUAAACAAACAAACAAAAAAACAGCAAACGGCUUAAGAAUAAAUUGUUGUAAACAAGGAGGGCGAACAAAAAAUCAUCAUCUAAGUAAACUAAGCAAUGCAUCCUGCACACUGCAGCUAUCAGGCGGGGCGAGACAAAAACCGCAAACUUGUUAGAUGAUCACUUAGAAGCAUAACAGAAACAAAAUUGAAGAGAAAUCAAACAAAAUGGCACUAAUUUAUUUACAAAAUAUUAUGUUUAAUCAAUGAUUAUACGAAAAAAUUCGGGUACACAUACACAAAUGUGCACUUUGUAAAACAAAAAAAAAACAAAAAAUGUGAAACAAUAGUAAACAUACAUUUUUUUAACGCAAACUGCUACCUACAUAUUUCUACCAUUAUUAACUACAACAAUAACAAAUGCAAUCGUUAUUGAUUACAACUUAUUCAACGUCUUGCUAAUAUUUAUAUAAAUAUAUUACUAUAUGUAUGUGUAUGUAAGUUAGAAACUUUAAGCUACUUCUAAAAGUAAAACUCUAAAUGUAAAUCUAACUUAUAAAGAAAUCAAAAAAA